CCGGUACAUGAGCGGCGCUCCGCUGUUCCGGGGGGAGGUAAUAUAGGGGGACACUCGGAGCGGCCGCAGCACUCAUACGUUUGGCCCCGGCUGGAUCGCAGUAAGAAGCAGACAUGGCCUCGUCCACACCCCGCACAACCCGCUCCACCGCAUCCGCAGCAUCUCCGGGGAGCCCGACCCGCCUGAGCCGCCUGCAGGAGAAGGAGGAGCUGCGGCACCUGAAUGACCGGCUGGCCGCCUACAUCGAGCGGGUGCGGUCCCUGGAGGCGGACAAGUCUCUGCUGAGGCUACAGCUGGAGGAGCGGGAGGAGGUGACCGGCCGGGAGGUGCAAAACCUGCGCCUGCUCUACGAGACCGAGCUGGCCGAUGCCCGUAAGCUGCUGGACCACACGGCUAACGAGCGGGCCCGGCUGCAGGUGGAGCUGGGGAAGGUGCGGGAGGAGCACCGGCAGCUGCAGACCAGAAAUAGUAGAAAAGAAUCCGACUUAGCCUCGUCCCAGAACCAGUUGAGAGAUCUAGAAGCAAAACUGAAUGCAAAGGAAGCGGAGCUCGCCACCACAUUAAGUGCCAAGAGGAGCCUUGACGUUCAGAAUCAGGAGCUAAAGGCCCAGGUUGCCAGUCUUGAAUCCUCUUUACAAGACACCACAAAACAGCUUCAUGAUGAAAUGUUAUGGAGAGUUGAUCUGGAAAAUAAGAUGCAAACCCUCAAGGAGCAAUUGGAUUUUGAGAAAAAUGUUCACAGUCAGGAGGUACGGGAAAUGAAAAAACGCCAUGAUACCAGGAUUGUAGAAAUCGAUUCUGGCCGGCGCGUAGAGUUUGAAAGCAAACUAGCUGAAGCCAUGCAGGAGCUUAGAAAAGACCACGAGCAACAAAUCAUGGACUACAAGGAGCAGCUAGAAAAGACAUUCAGUGCUAAGAUGUAUUAUAAAGGAUAUACUGAGGCUAAAGAGCUAUUAGAGCAGCAGCAAAAAGAAGAUUUGGAAGUUAAAAAACAGGUAGUGAGUGAGGUCCAGAGACAGAUAGAGAAGAGAGAGGAUCAAGGCCAGUUGGAGAAUGCACAGCUUGCGGCUGCAAAGAACAGCGAUUAUGCAAGUGCAACAAGAGAAGAGAUUAUGUCUACAAAGCUCAGAAUUGAUACAUUGUCCUCACAGCUGAACCAGUAUCAUAAGCAGAAUUCUGCUCUGGAAAACAAGGUGAGAGAGUUACAGGAGAUGCUGGAUCGCACAAAAGAUAUGCACCGAAGGCAGAUGUCUGAGAAGGACAGAGAGGUGUCCGACAUGAGGUAUAAACUGCAGGCGCAGCUGGAAGAAUAUGAGCAGCUAUUGGAUGUUAAACUGGCGCUAGACAUGGAAAUAAAUGCUUACAGAAAAAUGCUGGAAGGAGAAGAGCAGAGGCUGAAGCUAUCUCCAAGUCCUUCUCAAAAGAGCUCGGUUUCUUGGAUCAGUCAGACACGUGGUAAGAAGAGAAAGUUAGAAGAGAGCGAAAGAGGAGAGCGCAGACAAGGGUUUAAGAUAAUCCAAGAGGCCUCCUCUUCAGGUCCGGUGUCUAUAGAAGAAAUAGACCCUGAAGGAAAGUACUUGAGGCUUGUGAACAAUUCAGACGAGGAUCAGCAGAUAAGUGGCUGGACCAUUAGAAGACAACAUGGAAGCCUGCCUGAUACUGGAUUCAAGCUUCCUGGAAGGUUUAUUCUUAAAGCUGGCCAACAUGUCACUAUAUGGGCAGGAGGUGCUGGAGCUGUUCACAACCCCCCCACAGAUUUCGUAUGGAAAGCUCAAAAAUCUUGGGGAACUGGGGAUGAUAUUAAAGUUACACUGGUGGACUCCACAGGGGAGGAAUGUGCCGAGCGGACUCUCUUUAGAGUAAGAAGAGAUGAAGGGGAAACAGAUGAGGAACUUCUCGAAGAGGAAUUGGCUGAAUUUCGUUCUAAGCCCAAAAGAAAGAAAAAAAAAUGCUGCUUAGUAUCAUGAUGCAGCAGGCAGGAGUCUGCAGUCCCACCAGACAGUGGAUCCCAGCUGUUCAGUCAUGUAACAGCACGGCAGGAUCUGAUGCCCUCCUGUGAAGUCUCCCACUUCCAUUUAGUUUAAUCCACUUGGCAUAUUGCCUGAAGAGUUAUGUUUUUCUAAAGUUUGAAAUAGGGAAGAUUUUUUUUAAGCUGUUGGACCUUUUAUACAGUCAGGUCCAUAAAUAUUGGGACAUCGACACAAUUCUAACAUUUUUUGGCUCUAU